UUAUCCGCUGGACACACCUGCUCCAACUCCAUCGGAGCAGAUACAUAUACACAUUUCUCCAUUGUUCAGUUCCCAAUUCUUGUAGCUUUUGCUUUCGGAGCGAAGGUACAAAAGGAGAGUGCGAAAUGGAAAAGCUUCUUCAGAUCUGGUUAGUCUUCGUAACCUUGGCUUUGUUGGCUGUAUCGGCACUAGCAGACGACGAUGUCGUCGUUGUCCUAACCGAAGAAAACUUCGACAAAGAGGUUGGUCAGGAAAGAGGAGCUCUCGUCGAAUUCUACGCUCCUUGGUGUGGUCACUGUAAAAAGCUUGCUCCAGAGUAUGAGAGACUUGCCACAAGCUUUAAAAAGGCCAAGUCGGUUUUGAUUGCAAAGGUUGACUGUGAUGACCAAAAGAACUUGUGCAGCAAAUAUGGGGUUUCCGGAUAUCCAACAAUUAAGUGGUUCCCUAAGGGAUCUUUGGAACCCAAGAAGUAUGAAGGACCGCGAACUGCAGAAGCCCUUACUGAGUUUGUGAAUACCGAAGGAGGGACCAAUGUGAAAAUAGCUUCAGUUCCAUCUGAUGUAGUGGUGCUCACAGCUGAUAAUUUUGGUGAGGUUGUGUUGGAUGAAACCAAAGAUGUUUUGGUCGAGUUCUAUGCACCUUGGUGUGGUCAUUGCAAGAACCUUGCUCCAACCUAUGAAAAGGUGGCCACAGCAUUCAAAUUUGAGGAUGAUGUAGUGAUUGCUAAUCUUGACGCGGACAAGUACAAGGAUCUAGCUGAAAAGUAUGAUGUAAGUGGGUUUCCUACAUUGAAAUUCUUCCCAAAGAGUAACAAAGCUGGUGAAGAAUAUGAUGGUGGCCGAGAUUUAGCUGACUUUGUCACUUUCAUCAAUGAAAAGUGUGGAACCAGUCGUGAUGGUAAAGGACAGCUCACUUCAAAGGCUGGUAUAAUUUCAAGUUUGGAAGCCUUGGUGAAGGAGUUUGUUACUGCUAGUAAUGAAGAGAAGAAGGCUGUCUUCUCUAGGAUAGAAGAGGAAGUUGAGAAACUCACGGGUUUCAGUGCAAGGUAUGGAAGGAUUUACUUGAAAGCUGCCAGAAGUUGUAUGGAUAAAGGUGCUGAUUAUGCUAAGAAUGAAAUCCAGCGACUCCAGCGCUUGCUUGAGAAGUCAAUCAGCCCAGCCAAGGCAGACGAGUUCACCCUGAAGAAAAAUAUCCUAUCAGCAUUCGCUUGAUUGUGAUCUCCGGUAACCUAGCCUAGUCUAGAACUCAUCUUGCAUACUGGGAGGUGUUUAUUAAAUGGUUUUCCUGCCAUUACGAUUGACACCCAUCUGAUCUUUACUUGAAUUUGACUCGAGCUGGGCAUCUCAGCGGUUACAAUUGUAGGCCUUGAUGGUAAUCGGUCACCCAUGCUAUAUCAGAGAAUUGUUUUGAGAUCCAAUUUUAGCUAAUUGCUCAAAAGAGUUUUGUAUUUUGAAUUCUGGAUAAUAAAACUUAAUUUUGGGUUGAA